AUGCAGUACGAAUUCGACGGCUACUCGGAGGCCAGCAGCAACAGCAGCCCCGGCCGCGCCGCCGCCGCCAACACCCGCAACCAGGGCACCGGCACCGGACAGAACCGGAAUCACGGGGAGAGGCGAACAGAGGACGCGGACGGGUUUUACCACGGGACCGGCCGCUUCGCGCGCGAGAAUAGGGGGUAUGAGGCGCGCGAUCGAAGACAGCAACAGCAGCAGCAGCAGCAGCAGCAGCAGAGACCUCGUUACACUUCACCUUACCAGGCCGCCUUCUUCGAGUACGUCGGCUCUGCGGGCCCGAGGAGGAGCGAGGAGGAGUGGAGUCGGAUUUUCAUGGAGGCGUUCCGGAGGACUGCGGAGGAGAGACGCGGCGGUGGCGGUGGUGGUGGUGGUGGUGCGACUACCAACGGUGCGGGUGCGGGGCUGGGAUAUGCCGCGUACGGAGGAGGCACGUACGAAGACGAGGAGUACGCACGGGACGGGUUCGAAGACGGGAGGGGGAUGGGAUACGAGGAGUUUCUGGGUGGUUUGUUCGCCGGCGCUGGGUCUUGGUACCAAGGAACCGGGUUUGAAGGAGGAAGGGGCGGUCUUGGUGAUGGACGGCGACGGACGCGAGGCUCGUUUGGACAUGGCCCGGGCUCGGGGGUUAGGUUUGAGGAGUUGUUUGGGUCGCCUGGACACCACCACCUCCACUAUGGCGAUGGCGAGUACGGCGACGCGGGACCGAGGCGCGGGGGCGCGGGGAUGACGAGGGAGGAGUUCGAUGACCUCUUCCGGGCGCGGUUCGAGGGGCCGAGUCCGACUGGGUACGGGGGCGGUGGGCCGCCUGCGGAUUUGUUUGAGCGGUGGCGUUCGGAUUGGUGA